AUGAAGCGACUCAUCGUCCUGUGUGAUGGCACAUGGCAGGAUUCCACGACGGCGAGUCCUGAUGAUCACCCGACAAAUGUGACCCGCCUGUCGAGAGCAUUGAGUCCAUAUGCAGUCACCGAUACCGGACUCUUAAUACCUCAGAUCGUGUUCUAUCAGCCUGGAGUAGGGACGAACCUAGGCGACAAGUUGCGCGGGGGACUCUACGGAGCCGGGCUCUCCGCACACAUACGCGCCGCAUAUGGGUUCCUCUGUCAUAAUUGGGAGGAAGGCGAUGAGAUAUUCCUUUUCGGCUUCUCGCGCGGCGCAUACACCGCUCGAUCAAUAGGGGGCCUUGUAACGUCCCUCGGUCUCUUAUCCAAGCGAGGAAUGGACAAGUUUCCAGAUGUAUAUGAGCAGUAUUACGACCACGGUCCGAACCAGACAUCUCCGGUCUUUGAUGAAGGACUUCUGGGCGAACUGCGCGAAAAAGGCGAUCUUCGCGGUAUCGGCAAUGCGAUCCGGAUCAUCGGCGUGUGGGAUACCGUCGGCUUCCAUGGAGCUGGUAUAACAGGCGAAAAGAUCGAGUUCUAUAAUCAGCGGCUCUCGCCUCGGGUUCAGCAUGCAUACCAUGCGCUAUCUCUCGAUGAAUCUCGUGCACCAUAUCAGCCCACUUUAUGGGAGGUCCCGCGAAACAGUACCCAGGACUUGCAGCAGGUGUGGUUCUCUGGUGUGCACGCUGAUAUUGGCGGCGGGUUGGGCGACUCGCGGCUUUCCGAUAUAUCGUUGGCAUGGAUGAUUGGCCGGUGCGCAGAGGAUAACAAGCUGGCAUUCGUUGACGGAAACGGAGCCACCGACCCCGAAGACUAUUAUCUGCUUGACCAUCGGGUUCCUGUCCAGCAGGGCAAUACCCUGGCCUGGGCCACCGCCGCAGGGCCCACCGAGACGCCGUCAGGCUUCCUGGAGGAUGCAUUGAGCUUCGUGUCUCGCCUAGUCUCUAGUGCGCUGCCUUUCUUGGGAAGUGGUCUCCGGACACCUAUGUCGCGUAUUUCUAGCGAGGUUAGCACUAACGAGACGAUCCAUUGUUCCAUUCAAAAUCGGAACUUUUCGCGCUGGCCUUGCGCCCCGCUUACAGGAGGUCAGUCUGGUGGACGGUGGACCUUAACCAAGCGGGCAUUUGAGUAUGGUCUCGAAGAGUCUGUCCCUAACGCAUUAGAGCUGAGGUUCAAAGGGCGUAUGAGACGCAUUGACUAG